AGAGAAGCAAACCAUCAAUGAUGCAUUGAAAGGUCAUUUUCAAGCUUCAACAGCAGUUGGAAAUGGGAACGCUCUCAGUAAUGGGAAGCCUCAAGCUCGUGCAGCUGUGCUAUGACUCGUGAUUCUGAGAGAGAAAAGAAGGACCCUUUCUUUAGUCGAAGGAACAAAAGAAAGAACAGCUAGAAAAACCAAUUACAACAACUACUAAUAUAAUAACAAGACGACCCUGAUAAAGCUGUACUCUUUUUUCCUUUGGUGGGUUUAAUAUUAUUUUUUAUGUAUUUAAUAGUUGAUUAGAGAAUUUCAAGCUCUGCAAGUUUGCCAACAAGUAGGAGAUGUUAACCCAAUUUGAAGGGAUUUGAAGUUGAUUAGUCAUCAAAUAUCGACCAGGUUUAGAAGAUAGAAGUAUUUACUGUGGACAAGUAUGAGUUGCAAAUGCUUUGGUGCUGCUUCAGUUGUGGAGAGGAGAAGGAGUAGUUCAGGUCAGACUAAUCAUGGUUUGGAUGGUGAUUUGCCGGAAAAUGUUAGAGGUUUCUCCCAUAAUGAAUUGAAAUUGGCGACCAAUAAUUUUCAUGCGAGCAAUAAGAUAGGGCAAGGAGGUUUUGGAAUUGUGUACAAGGGAACCCUAAAAAAUGGAAGGCAAGUUGCUGUGAAGACACUUUCUGCUAGGUCGAAGCAGGGAGUCCGUGAAUUCUUAAAUGAGAUUAACACUAUAUCAAAUGUCCGGCAUCCAAACCUUGUUGAGUUGAUUGGGUGCUGUGUUCAAGGAGCUGACCGGAUUUUGGUCUAUGAAUAUGUUGAGAAUAACAGCCUUGAUCGUGCAUUAUUAGGUGCAAGGAAUAAAACCAUCAAACUGGAUUGGGAAAAAAGAAAAGCCAUUUGCUUGGGAAUUGCUAGGGGUCUUACAUUUCUUCAUGAAGAACUGCAGCCCCAUAUUGUCCACAGAGAUAUCAAAGCUAGUAAUAUACUCCUUGACAGAGAUUUAAAUGCAAAAAUUGGAGACUUUGGGCUGGCUAAACUUUUCCCAGAUAACAUCACUCAUAUUAGCACCAGGAUUGCAGGAACAACAGGUUAUUUGGCACCAGAAUAUGCAUUGGGGGGUCAGUUAACCCUGAGGGCUGAUGUUUACAGUUUUGGCGUUCUCAUACUUGAAAUAGUUGGUGGCAGAAGCAGUGCCAAGGAAAACUGGGGUGGGGCAGAAAAGUUUCUCCUUGAAUGGGCAUGGCAACUCCACGAAGAAGGGAGACUAUUGGAGCUAGUUGACCCGGAGCUGGUGGACUAUCCUGAGGAAGAAGUCCUUAGGUACAUGAAGGUGGCCUUUUUCUGCACUCAAGCCGCAUCAAGCCGAAGACCACUGAUGAGCCAGGUUCUUGACAUGCUCUCAAGAAAUAUCAGGCUCAAUGAGAAGCAACUUACAGCUCCGGGUUUCUUCAACAACUCAGGGGGGCUCGCAGGACCCUCUUCGAGUAAAAAAUAUGGUACCGACUCAACUACCAACCAGUUGAGUUCUGUCCCCGACACAAUAACUCAAGUAACGCCACGUUGAAGAACAAUGCUUUGCAAUUUAGAAGCAAAAUUAUAUGCUAGUCCAGAACAAAUUAUUUGUGUUGCUAGUAGUCCAUAGAAUUGUUUUCUACACAUUUCCCUUUUUUAGCUAUUUUGCAAACGGAGAGGGUGGUUCGACUUUGAGCAGAGAUUAUUCCAGGUAGCGGAUCUGUCAAAUUAGGUUAGUCUGGUGGCGAAUUUUUUUUUUUUCCUGAUUUUAUUACAGUUGUAUUAUUUGCUUCUCAAAGGUAUGAUGAAGAGAAGAAUGUUGUAUAGUAAUUCAGUGAUUACUGAGUGAAAGUUUCAGUUA